UGCAGCUGCGGCAAGCCUGCAAGCCGUUUGUUUUAAAGCUUCAAGUGGGAUGCGAGCCAGAGCGGGGGAGAGAGAGAGAGGCAGCCUUUAUUUUAUACCUGCAUUUUGUCUCCAUCCACAUUUGUAUGGUGUGUGUGAGAGAGGUUCAGUUUCUGCCAGGAGACUGGAGGCGGCCUCCCUCACGCCCACAGCGGGGAGAGCAGAAAAGCUUUUACUGGUUUUUAGUGAGCAGCGGGGAUUGGAAUGGCUUCUGCUCCGUUGCCCUGCUGCUGUGAAUCAGCCUCCAAACACCUCUCUGCCCUCUUUCCAUCCCCUCCCUUCCAACGAACCUAGAUUGAGGUCAUUUUGAUUCUGCACUCAUUUCCGCCCACCUGCAAACCCUGCUCCGCCCACCCCAACCGUUAGGUUUGUUGCCCUUUGGCACGGCGAGGCUUCUGCUAUGACCACAGCACCAGUUUUCUCUCUUGGCAGUCAGGACAUUCUCCUAGAAAACACGCCCAGGGUGCUCUCUCCUCUCUGCAUGCCCUCUAUCCAGGAACAUCAUGGGAAGUGUCAGUAGCCUCAUCUCUGGCCACAGCUUUCACAGCAAACACUGCCGGGCAUCACAAUACAAGCUGCGCAAGUCCUCCCACCUGAAGAAGCUGAACAGAUACUCAGACGGACUGCUGAAAUUCGGCUUCUCUCAGGAAACUGGCCACAACAAGUCCAGCUCCAAGGGCAACAAGAAUGAGGACUUUUUUUACAUCAAGGUCAACCAGAAGGCUCACCGGACAGAGUAUGCACCACUGUCUGGUGGGGAGCUGGGGAGCCAAGCUGGAAGAAGCAGUGUGGACUAUGGUACACCAACACCACCAAAACUGAAGCCAAUCUCCAACCAGCUAGAACUAGCCACUGACAAGAGUGCUACAAGGCCCACAGCCUUCAAGCCGGUGACCCCUCGCUCAAACACAGUCCUCCAUUCUUCUCCAGAACACGCUGGCCAUGCUCCCCAGAAGCGCCAGUCCCUGGAUAAACCCAAGGAUCUGGACCUUAAGCCUGCUCUGUGCUCUGGAGGACUGUCAGACUCAGGGAGAAACUCCAUGUCUAGCCUCCCCACCCACAGUACAGCCAGCAGCUACCAGUUGGACCCUCUUGUUGCUCCUGUGGGACCCAUGAACCGAUUUGGGGGCUCUGCCCUCAACAUCACUCAGUGCACCGUCCUGCAGGAUAGUAACAUGAUGAGUCUCAAGGCCCUGUCCUUCUCCGACGGGGGCACCAAGAUCCUGAACCCCGGGAAAGUAUCUGCUCACCCCAAUGCUGCCGAGAAAAACGCCUGCAUCCGCUCGCCAAUCUCCACAGAGGAGUCGGCCAUCCAGGAGCUGGAGCAGAAGCUUCUGGAGAGGGAAGGGGAGCUCCAGGAGCUCCAGUGCAGCUUUGAGGAGAAGGAGAUCACCUCCUGCCAGAGCUAUGAGGAAAAGCAGAGGCGUUGCAGGGACGAGAUGGAAGGGCUGAAGCAGAAAUGCAACAGCAAGCUCAAGCAGACAUCGCAGAAGAGCCAAAAGGUGCAGCAGCUGCUGCAGCUCCAGGUAUUCCAGCUGCAGCAGGACAAGAGGCAGCUCCGGGAGGAACUGGCCAACCUGAUGAAGGAGCAGGACCUGCUGGAGACCAAGCUGAGGUCCUAUGAGAAGGAAAAGACCGCCUUUGCUCCAGCGCUGGAGGAAACGCAAUGGGAGGUAUGCCAGAAGUCUGGUGAAAUCUCUCUGCUGAAACAGCAGCUGAAGGAAUCCCAGACAGAGCUCAACAGCAAGACCAAUGAGGUCCUCAACCUGAAGGCUCAGCUGAAGGAUCUCCGGGCAAAGAUGGAAUUGCUAGAUAUGAAAAUUCAGGACUUGGAAGACUCGCUGCAUGCCAAGGCCAUGGAACUGGAGGUGUGCGAGAAUGAGCUCCAGCGCAAGAAGAAUGAGUCAGAGCUGCUGAGAGAGAAGGUGAACCUGCUGGAGCAGGAGAUAGCAGAGCUCCGAACAGAACUAACAAUUCUCAGGGAGGAGAUGAAGUGUGGGGUGGUCUCUGUGGGCCUAGAGGGUGGCAUGACAGAGGAAGCACAAGCCCUGUGGAGGGAAGUAGAAAAGCUGAAGACGGAGCUGGGGGAGGCCCGGGAGAGCAACGAGCAGAUGACGGUCAACUUCCAACAGGAACGACAGACCUGGAAGGAGGAGAAAGAGAAAGUGAUCCACUACCAGAAGCAGCUGCAACAGAGCUACCUGCACAUGUACAAACGGAACCAGAACUUGGAGAAGAUGCUCCAGCAGUUGGCAGCAGGAGAAGAUGGGAAAGAGCCCUUAGAUCUUGACCUCCACGGUACUGACGUCCCUUAUGAGGACAUCAUUGCCACUGAAAUCUGAAGGGCUCUGUGCCUUCUUUCUCACUGUGGAGGAGAUGGAUCUUUCAUCCAGGGGGUUUGUGUGUGUACAGUCCAGGAGAACCACCUGUUUGUCAGUUGAGAUUUUUGCGUGGCCAAAAUGGGUCACCAGCUGUUGUCAUGCCACGUGUGAGUGGCGAGAUGCCAUUCCCACCCUUGUUGUCCCCAAGCCAUUCUAGUGCACCCCACUGAGAAAUAAAAGGGGAAGGGUGGGGGUGUUACCAGUCAACCGUUCUGUCAGAAUAGAAUCCAAACAGGACCUGGUUUUGGCAAAGAAUAUGCAAGAAUUUCUGUGCCAGAGAGAAAAAGUGGCUGCUUCUUGCCCAUGACCCAGGUACCGGUUGCCAAAGGCUACUGGGGAAAUUAAAUGCUAGUUGUAUUGCCUCCUCCAGUAGCCAUAGGAAAUGCCAUUGCUGGUCCCUUGCAGCCACUGAGCUGCAAGACAAGGACUGUCCAUGCUCCAAGAGCCUCUCAGUUGCCAUGUGGGAAUACUUUUUUGGGGGGAUGUAGCCUUUAGCCCCUUGUUCCUUUGUUACAAGUCAGAGUCUGCCAUCACAAGCUCUUGAGGAUAUCCUAUAAAUUCUCAUUGGCUGAAUAUAAGUGAUUAGUCAGGGCCGGCCCUACCAUUAGGCAGAGUGAGGUGUCUGCCUCAGGCUGCAGAUGUUGGGGGAAGGUGGGAGUGGUGGAGAGCUGUGUGUGCCAUGCAGUUUCUCCUGCACCUCCUAAGGCACCCUGCUGCCCUCAGGUAGAGUGGAGGACAUGGCCCAUUCGCUGCUAAGUAAAACUCAACUGCCUGCCCAGCCAGCUUCUGUACUUGGAAUGGGGGGUGUUGUCUUUGCCUAAGGCCAGCUCUGUGAAUGGUGUACUUUCACUGAAGUGUAGUGGAAAAGCAAGAGGUUUCUGGGAUAUUUAGAUGGGAUGAAAGGCAUUUUCUCCUUUUUUCUUCUGGGAGAAAAUAAACCUGUUCCACUGGUUGCCUGUGGAGGGCCUUCUUUCUCCAGAAUACGUCUCCUGUCAGAAAUAAUGGACUAGUGUUUUAGGCUACUAGAAGCCAUAGUCUGGCAAUCAGCCACUGGAUCUUCCUUGUCCUUGCUCAUUAUUUGGCAGUGCCUCUUCCAUGAGCAGGCGAAAGGUGGGAAGGGUCUGUUUUUUAUUUUGUGUGGGAGUGGGAACUGAAAUGUCCUUGUGUUGUCAUAUUGAACAGGAAUGUUUAUAUUCAUUUAUCUAAAAUGUGAAUAUUUGUAUGGAGCUUUUGGGAGGGUUUUUGUUUUUUGCAAAUAUCUAGUGUUUACUGUUCCACAUUUCCUGUCUCCUGUUCUGCCGCUAAAUCCCCAUCUGGACUAUACAUUUACACUAUUUACACUUUAAACAGUCCUAGCUUCCCCCAAAGAAUCUUGGGAACUAUAGUGUGUAAGGGUGUUGAGAGUUGUUAGGAGACUCCUACCCCUCACAGAGCUACAGUUCCCAGAGUUCCCUGGGAAGAGGGAUUGAUUGUUAAACCACUCUGGGAACAGUAGCCUUGUGAUGGGGAAAAAGGAUCUCAUAACAACUGUCAGCACCAUGAACAAAUGACAGUUCCCAGGAUUCCUUGGGGGAAUCCAGGACUAUUUAAAGUGAUAUAAUACUGCUUUAAAUGUGUAGUGCAGGUGGAGCCUUUGAAGGGUGUUUUGAACCCCCUUUCCUUUACCAGGACACCCCAGGGACUGUGAAAUUAGGUGUGAUGGAAGGACAGAGGAAGAACUGGAUUGGUAUACAAAAGGGAGGGUCAUGGUGUAGAAAUUCCAUAACACAAGCAGAUGGAUCAAAAGGUUUUAAACUUUAAAUUUUCUUUUUGGGAAAAAAAUGAUAAAUUAAAAACACAGAACCACCACUUGUUCCAGACGUUCCUCUAUGUUUUCCCUCCUUGCAAGGAGGCCCCCAACUCAAGAGAGCCCCAAACCAACCACAUACAAGCCAGCACAGAGCAAUCAAGGAUAGCUGGUUUAGAAGAGUUUGCUACUUGUCCCAGCAGCUGUGAAAGAGCCAGUGUUGGCAGGGCAAUGCAGGGCAGUACUGAGGCCCAGUUGGACAAGCUGCACCAGGAUGGGUGACAUAGGAAGGACUCUAGGAACACAGGAAGCUGCCUUGUAUUGAGUCAGAUGGUUGGUCCAUGUAGGUCAGUACAGUACUGCUACACUGAGUGGCAGCAGCUCUCCAGCGUUUGAGACAGGGAGUUUUUCCCAGCUGUGGAGCUUCCCGAGAUUGAAUUUAGGAUCUUCUGCAUGCAAAGCAGAUGUUCUACCACUGAGCUACAACCCUUUUCUUGGGUGGCACUGGGCAGCAUGGGUCCAAAUUAGUGACAGGAUUGCUUUGUGAGACAGGGAAAAUGCUAAUCUGCAUAUAAAACUACCUGCACCACCAGCCAAGAAGGAACAAGCCCACAGACAGAGCUCCAGGCUAGUGCCUGACCCUGGAAAGGAAGGGAAGGAUCCCAGAUAUUCUACUGAUCUAGUAGGCUCUUUUUAGGAAAGUAGGAGCAAUCUAAGCCCCCCCCCCACUAAUAUUCUGCAAGAGGUGGGUGUUAGUAAAGCCCCUUAUCGCAUGAUCCAACUCCAAGUGUCCAUGGAGCAACAGCUUAACUUUCUUGGAGGAAGGACCAUAGCUCAGUAGCAGAGCACAUGCUUUUCCUGCCAAAGUUCCCAUGCUCAAACCCUGGUGUCCCCAGACAGGGCUUGGAAAGACUCCUGCCUUAAACCCUGGACAGACGCUGCUAGUCAGUGUUGUCAAUACUGGGCAUGAUGGGCCAAUGGUCUAACUCUGUACAAAGGAACUUCCUGUCAUUCCUCAGCCAUGUGUUGUGCCUGGCUUCUGUAGAAGGAUGGGGCUCUUGGAAUGAUGCCAAGGCGAGUCAAAGAUGCUGCUAUGACCACAGCGGCUCUUUCCUUGGAAAUCUCAUGUAUAUUCUUCACUUCACCGUCACUCUCUGCACUCCUCCAGACAACCUGUUCAUUGGACAUUUUUUCUGAUUUGCUUGCAAAAAACCUUAUGCAAAGGGUAGGCUACAGGCUUAACCUGCCACUUUUAUUUUGACACUUCCAAAGUCCCUUUAUUGUCACCAAGUCUUCAUCGAGCAUUCAUUCUGAUUUGUUUGCAGGGCAGUUAUAUGACAGUAAGCAUUCAUCCUGCAUCCAAACUGUUAUGCUUGUGGGGUGUUUUUACAUCUUCCUGUUAAUUGUUCGUUCUUUACACACUUUUCAAUACAUUUCCCUAACUGCAAAAACCCCUCAUUUCUUUUUUUUAAAGAGGAGUUAUUGCACUAGGACAGAGGUGGGGAACACUUACCGCUCCAGAUAUUGCUGAAUUACAGUUUCCAUCAUCCCUGGUCAUUGGCCGUGCUUGCUGGGGCUGAUGGGAGUUGUACUUUAACAACAUCUGGUGGGCCAAAGGUUCCCCAUCUCUGUACUAAGGCAAUAGAGUACUUUAAUCUGCUUUAAUUUUACAAACCUAAAUUUCCUGGUAUGUGCUUAAAUCCUUCCUGCAAAAUACUGAUAGUCUACAGCAGGGAUUCCCAAACUGUGCUCCACAAGCUUCAUUCAGGUGGUCUGCGGUAUGUCGGUAAAAAUACAGUUAAAAACCAUGCUACAACAAGCAGAAAAAUCAUUAAGGGCUCAUCUACAUGGAAACAUUUAUUCAUAGGAAAACACUGGAUUUACCUUUGUAAUAAAUUUGCACCGUCCACAAUUCCUGCUCAAAUAUAGCUGCCAAUCCCGUUCAUGCAGGUAGGCAUUCCUCUGGGAAGGAUUAGUCUCACUGCUUCCUUGUUGCCCCGCCCUCUAAUUAUAUAU